GAUAAAACUAUAAAAUAAAGGUGCAAAGCACAUAUUUCACCUUAUGUGUACCAUGAUGUUGGUUCUACUUUUGUGUCUCGCAGUUUCAGGCGUGUCAGCAUAUUCGCCGCCACCCGAUGAUGCGGUAGUUAACAGAACCCACUGGAUACCCCCUUACCGGGCAGCAACGACGUUCAGGCACAAGUACGUCACCCACAACGGCGGCAUAAAUGACAACACAUUCAGUGAUCGCCCCUACGUCACAAUCACUGUCACCAACAAAGUGUCGGAUGAAGCACUACACAAGGCAGCACUAGAUGUAAGCCUGAUGGUACGGAACAUGCCUGAUGACGUUUUUAACGGUAUCGCCAAAUCACAUGGUGUGGGGAUCUUCUCCAAGUCCGAGGGGAUGGUGGUCUAUCCUGAAAACUCCCAUCUUGCUGACACCCCAGCCUGUAGAGGUAGUUGCAGUGGAUCAUGCAGUUACACGUGUACUGUUGACAACCGGAAGUGGGCAACCAUUGCUGGUCUAACCAAUCAGCGUAGCUCUGUGCUUGACGAUAACGUGUUGUGUGACGCCCAAGACCUGUAUAAUCACAAGGAGAAUCUUCUUGUCCACGAAUUUGGACAUCUGACAAUGAAAAACAUGCCAAAGAGCUGGAAUAGCAAGAUACUUGCUGCAUACAGUAAUGCUCGCAGUAACCGUCUGUGGACACUGGGCGUGUAUGGGAUGGUGAAUGCUGAUGAGUACUGGGCGGAGGCAACCUCCUCCUUCUUCAUGUCUGUACUUAGGACUGACGUCACGGCUGGCAUGAACAUGUGUGGCACAUCCCAACCGUGUUCCUCCGAGUCGGCGUCAAGAGCUUACUUGAGGAAACAUGACCCGCGGUUGUUUGAAGUUCUGGAAUACGCCUACACCGACAAUAGGCCAGAUAUCAGGAGCGGACUUAGACCAUGCAUCUAAGACUGGAUGAGACUGGAUAAUGACUGUAUUCUUGCUUAGACCAUGCAUCUAAGACAGGAUGAGACUGGAUAAUGACUGUAUUCUUGUAUGCAUAGUGCAUGAAAAUGUACAGGCAAUACAUUCCUGUUGCGCUUGUUA